UGAGUGACCAUGAAGAGGGAUUUCAUCGCCCUGUAUAUAAGGCCCAGGACUGGAGGGGCGAUGUGCCAUGCGCUUCAAUGCAAGCGUCCUGCCAAAUUAACCACAAGUUCGCUCCCCAUUCCCGAGGAGGAGCUCCCAGCUGCUUUGAGUCAGAUAUCUGAAGGGCAGCCGCCUCCUGCACUUCAGUCCCACGCCAAGUGACAACCUACCCCGGAUCUUCCUUUUACCCGCGAAUGUUUAUUACUCCCCUGCCUCCAGUCCUGUUUAUUGUUUGUACGUAGUGUGCUUCUUCCAGAUCGACAGGACUUGGGAAGACUUGGCAAGGGAAGAAACGCACUGUAUGAAUAUAGUCUGAACAUUUGUAAUCGAAUGUAUUCAGCAGCUCGGAAACAUUGAAACUGAAACUGAAAUUGUUUUGAUUCUGGAAAGUGCUGACACUGAUCAUGGCUUCCGGACAGCAGGGAGAGAAUUGGACCGAGGAGACCGUUUGUCCCAUUUGUCUGGAUUUCUUCACCGAUCCGGUUAUACUGGAUUGUGGACACAACUUCUGCCGCUUCUGUAUCACCCAGAUUUGGGAAAGGCAGAAGAUAAACUCCUGCCCGGAAUGUCGACAGGAGUUUCCGGACAGAUCCCUCAGAGGCAACCGGGCCUUAGCGAAUCUGGCCAAGAAAGCUCGGAAAUUAAAUCUGAAUCCACAAGAGAAGGAAAGUAAACAUCACUGUGAGGUACAUCAGGAAGAACUGAAGCUAUUUUGUGAAACUGACAAGAAAUUGAUCUGUUACACUUGUGUAGUUUCUCGGGAACACAAAUCUCACAACUUCAUAUCAAUUAAAGAAGCUGUUGAGAUCUACAAGGGUGAAGUGAAAUCAUCUUUGAAUUCUAUCACAGAAAAGAAAUGGGAGGUUUCAGAAAUGGAGAGGCAGCAGAAAGAGAGGAUUUCCCAAGUUCGAGAACAGGCGAGCACUCUGAGGACCAACAUCACAUCCGAGUUUGUUGAAUUGUACCAAAUUCUCAGUGAGAAAAAGCAACGUUUACUCAGAGAUCUCAAGGAAGAGGCGGAGAGGAUUCUAAAACCAAUGGAGAGAAACCUUCGAAAAAUUCAAGAGAAUUUAAAUUCUAUUGAUGAGAAACGCUCAACACUGGAGAAACAAUUGCGAGAAAAAGACGGGGUGAUGUUUCUGAAGGACGAUAAUUGUGAGAAAAGCAGGAUUAACAGGGAAAAUGACACACUGCAGUUGGUAGAUGGUGCCCUGAAUGAUGGACAUUUCUGUGGCCCUUCAUUGUACACAAUUUGGAGAGAAUUCCUGGAAGCCAUCAAGCCUGACUCUGUGACCCUUGAUGAAGAAACAGCACAUCCAGAGCUUGAGUUGUCUAAUGAUCUGAAAAGUGUGAGAUGGACCAGCACUGCAAGGAGCCUCCCUGAUAACACAAAAAGGUCAAAGAUGCUUCCCAAAUCAUCAUGGAAGAAGAGGUACUUGCAACAAUCAUCUGAAAAAAAAGUCUUGACAGUUCCCUGCUUCUCGUCUAAUAUGGAGGAGGAAGCAUCCGUUCUGCAUCUACCUUGUGAAGACCAUUUGGGAUCUAAUGCACUUCAAACAAGUCACUCCUUCCUAUUCAAAACACUCGUGAAAACAAUCGCAGGCUGUCCAAUGUUUUCUCAUAAGACAAUCCUCUCAUUCCAGUUAUCAUAGAAUCAAUAGUGUGGAAGCAGCCCAUUCAGUCCAUUGAGUCUACACCGACCCUCCCACCCAGUCCCACCACCUCCAUCCUAUAACCCUGCAUUUCCCAUGACUAAUCUGCCUAGCCUCUACCAUCUUGGAGAGUAUGGGCAAUUUAGCAUGGUCAAUCUAUCUAACCUGCACAUCCUUGGGCUAUGGGAGGAAAUCGGAGUACCUGGGGGGAUCCCACGCAGAUACAGGGAGAAUAGCAACAGUCUGUGGGAAGUUUGCACAGAAGGUGGAAUCAAAUUCAGGUUCCUGGUGCUCUGAGGUAAUCCAAUCUAGCAAAUCUCUUCUGAUGUAGCUGCUAAGCCCCUCCAACGUAUUUAUAUCUUUCUUAAUUAAGGAUACCAAAAGUACACACAGUACACAACCAGGUAUGACAUCAUCUUUUCUGUGCAAUUUCUCUCAUAAUGAAACAUAGUCUUAACUACUGCUUCACUUGAGUUGAGCUUUUGUGACUCGUGCACGAGAACAUCUUCAUCCCUCUGAACUUUGGAAUUCUACAGUCAUUCUCUUUUUGCUGGAAUUGCUGGAAAAACCCAACUGGUCUGGCAGCAGAAAUCAGAACUAAGGUUUCAGAUCCAGUGACUCUUCUUCAGAACUGAUGCCUGUAAGGAAAAGGAUGGUACUUAUGCAAAAGAUGGGGUGGGGGUGGGGGUUGGAGGAGAGUAAACAAUAGAUAGAGAAAUAGAACAGAGAGAGAAGAAAACAGACAAAGAAGUGGGUGAAGGUUGCCACUUUAACACACCACACUGUUUCCUGACCAACAUCUUUCUCAGGCUUGCUGCAGUGCUCCAGUGAAGCUCUGCACAAGCUGGAAGAAAAGUACCUCACCAAUUGCUGCAAUUUUUGUUUCAGUCUUUGUUGGGACUGAAUGUGAUCAGAACGUCUAGCACUUACUGCUCAUCUUAAUUGUCUUUGAAUUAAGUAGUAUUUUAGAGUAUUUCAGAGAGCAGUGACGAGUGAAACGCUGUUGUGGAUUUGGAGUCACAUGUAGGCCAGGCCCAAUAAGGAAAUUAAAAAGGGGAUUAAUGAACUCGAUAGUUUUUUUUACGAUUCAUGAUAGGGUCAUGGUCACUUUUACUGAUUCUAGCUCUCAGUUUCAGGUUUCAUGCAUUGAAUUUAAAUUUCCCCAAUUACCACAGCUGGAUUUGAGCUAAUAGCCCAGUGCUAAUGAAUUUGGGUCUCUAGGUCACAAGUCCAGCACCUUCACCACUACAUCACCAUCUCCCCCUGAAGUCCAGUGGCUUUUGGAAUGACUUAUGUGACACAGUUUUAAUGACCUAUCAUUUUAACUUAGAUAAUUCCCUAAUGGUAAAUUAUCUAGGUUCAUGCGAGACUUAACCAUAAGGUGAGACC